ACUUUACACUAAACCGCAACUGCUGACACUUUUGUGCUUUAAAACACUCGCUUGGAUAUACAACAAUUUUUUAAAGCCCUUUUUUUCAUUCAGGAUAUUCUAGAAAAAAAACUUCUCAUUAAUAUGGGAAAAGAAAAUAUCUGUUUUUUGUCUGUUUGGAUAAUUUUGGGAAAAAUCUUUGCAACUUUUUCUUCUGAACCUGAACUCACCACCACUGAGUUUGUAAACAGCACAGUGACCGAUGCUCCCCUGCACACCACCACCGAGUGGAUCAAAGACUUCACUGACAUUGUGACCAAGUUCUCCCUGCGCACUCAGGACAUCCCUGACGAGGACAUGUGUUACAUCGUGCCCGGCAGACCGGAGACCAUCAAAGAGUGCGAAUUCAACCCCGAGACCCAGACCUUCAUCAUGAUUCAUGGCUGGACGGUGACAGGCAUGUUUGAGAGCUGGGUGCCCAAACUGGUGUCUGCUCUGUACGAGCGAGAGCCCAGCGCCAACGUCAUCGUGGUGGACUGGCUGACCCGAGCCAACCAGCACUACCCGACCUCCGCCGCCUACACCAAGCUGGUGGGCCGCGACGUGGCCAAGUUCGUCACCUGGAUCCAAAAAGAGCUGCAGCUGCCCUGGGAGAGGCUCCAUCUGCUGGGGUACAGUCUUGGAGCGCAUGUGGCGGGAAUUGCCGGAGACCUUACUGACCAUAGAAUCAGCAGAAUAACAGGUCUCGAUCCUGCAGGCCCCACCUUCGAGCAUGCAGACAAUCGGAACAUUUUGUCCAAAGAAGAUGCCCAGUUUGUGGACGUCCUGCACACCAACACCAGGGGGUCCCCGGACCGCAGCAUCGGCAUCCAGAGACCCGUGGGCCACAUCGACAUUUACCCCAACGGAGGCACUUUCCAGCCGGGCUGUGACAUCCAGAACACACUGAUGGGCAUCGCACUGUCGGGCAUCAAGGGCCUCCAGAAUAUGGACCAGCUCGUCAAGUGUUCUCACGAACGCUCCAUCCACCUGUUCAUCGACUCUCUGCUGAACACGCAGCAGCAGAGCAUGGCGUACCGCUGCAACUCCAGAGAGACCUUCAACAAGGGCAUGUGCCUGAGCUGCAGGAAGAACCGCUGCAACAAGCUGGGCUACAACAUCAACAAGGUCCGCAUGACCCGCAGCGUCAAGAUGUUCCUCAAGACCCGCGACAUGAGUCCCUACAAAG